AUGAUAAACCAAACCAACUCUAGCCUUACUUUAUCACUCAAAAACAAAUCCGUUGAGCUUGUUAUACCUUCAAAACACACUCCUUCUGGAACUCUAUCCCUUUCUAGUUUAGACAACUACCCUCUCGGCGAAAUCAGGCAUGCAACUGUUUACGUUUUUGAAGCUAAUGAAAAGAACCAAAAUGAUCCGGUCUCUUUGCUUAGGAAGUCUUUGUCCGAACUUCUUGUUUACUAUUAUCCACUUUCAGGGAAGUUAGUGAGACGAAAAAGUGAUCAAAAGUUCGAGCUGGUUUGUAAUGAGGAGGGAGUCCCUUUCGUAGUCGCUUCUGCAAAUUAUGAUCUCCGCUCGUUAAACUAUAUAGACAACUUUGUCGAUGAAGUUGCGUUGCGACUUGUGCCUGAUAUCGAGGUUAACAGUGAAAGUGAGAUAGGUUAUCAUCCUCUCGCUGUGCAGGUAACCAAGUUUCCUUGCGGUGGAUUCUCCAUUGGCACAGCAUUGUUACACGUGGUGUGCGACGGGUUUGGUGCGGCUAGGUUCAUUCAUUCUCUAGCUGAGUUGGCUGGAGGAAAGAGCAAGCCAUCGGCAGUGCCGGUGUGGGAGAGAGAGCGGCUGGUUAGGGAAAUAGACAAUCAACCGGCUAGAGUUCCCGCCGGUGCAGGUGCUAGAGGGAAUCUAUUGGCCACUUCACCGUAUAUGCCGAGUAGUGAUUUGGUUACAGAGAUAAGAAGCAUUAAAGCUGCGAAUAUUAAAAUGCUUAAAGAUACUUUAAACGGAGAAUACAAAUUUCCCGAGGAGAGUUUCACUACUUAUGAAAUUCUAAGUGCUUGCAUAUGGAAAUCAAGAUCUCGAGCCCUAAACCUAGACCUUGACAAGCUCACUGUCCUUGGCAUAGUAGUGGGAAUCCGACAUGUUCUUGAUCCACCACUACCAGAGGGUUACUACGGCAACUCAAUUAUAGACGUGUUCAUCGAGCUAACCACAAGAGAUCUCCAUGAAUCAUCAAUCUCUGACAUUGCCAAACUCGUGAAGAAAGCCAAGAAUAAAGCUUAUGCCAAAAGCUAUGUCGAGGAGGUGCUAAGAAACAUGGAGAGAAUGAUCAAGGAGGAUGUGCAGUUCAACGAGGUAGUCGAUGGAUUAUUUUUCAUGACCGAUAUGCGAAACCUCGCGGUGUUUGGACCAAUGGAUUUUGGUUGGAAAGAGCCUGUGAAUAUAAGGGGUCUUAUGUUUAAAGAAAGCGCCAAGAACAUGGGGAUGAUAUUAGGACCAUCCAAGCUGGAUCAUCAAGCAAUGGAAGGUAGUGUUAGAGUGGUAAUGACAUUGCCGAGAGAUGCAAUGGUUAAGUUCAAGCAAGAACUAGAUGCAUUGAUGCAUCUUCGUCCUCGCUUUUGA